ACUUCCACCUUUUCCUAAUGAUAAGUUUCGACAAUUGAUAGUAACUGAGUAAUACUUAAAUCAUUUUCUUAAUGAUUGAUAGAUAUAUAUACUCUAGUCAUUCUCAGAGUUUCCUAAUCAGAUGUUGUGUUUUUAUAUACCCCAUGAAGGGUUGCAUCGUUUAGGUCAUAACUGGUUGAACAAAGUCUGUCUUAGUUGUACUUGGCCCAUUUUGGACAAAAAAUAUUAAUUACUACUAUUUAAAAAGAGGUACGGGGCAUAUUCUGCUUAUUAAAUAUUCUUGGUUGCUGAGUCCUUGAAUAUUUUAUAUUGAUAUACCAACCAAAGUCAAUCCAUCCUAUCAUUCCCGUGUAUUUGUAUUGGUAUAAAUAUAUGUGCCUCUAUCUCCCACAUAUUGAGCUUCUCCAUUAUAAAGCAGUUAAAUAGCACAACUCCUUCAUAUAGCAGAACUCCUCCAUUUCCCUCAGGCUCUAGUUGUAAUAACAGUAUGGAGCCUGUGGCGUCAAUAUCAGGGGAAUGGAGCUCCUUCAGUGGAAUGUGUUUAAUUGAGGAGGCUGAUUUUAUGGCACAGUUACUUGGUAAUUGUUCACUUCCAAAUGAACUACCAUGUAGUUCUAACUUUGGAGUCUCCUCCACUUAUUGGACUGGUCAUGAAUCAACCAUGAACAUGGGAGAAGUUCCAUUUUAUUCUUCAAAUGACACUAACAAUAGUGUGUAUAGUGGUUCUUGUUUUCCUCCUCGGAGUCAUGAAAGUUACUACUCAAGUCAUUCUCGGCCUAUCUUGAUGAGAAAUGAUAGUUCAAUAACAACGGAAUAUGGUGUUGUGGAAGGUCAAAUCAAUCCAAUUGAAGCGGAUGAUUUCCUUAACCGAGAUGUGAGCAAUGACAGCAUGGAGUACAAUGAAAACAUGCCUGAAGCUGUUCUUGAUAUUGGAAAUGGUUUGCAGCUUGGAAGAAGAGAUAAUUAUGAACAAUUUCCUGAAGAUAAAAUGGAUAGUUCAUCAGAGAGCUCCAAGAAAAGAUGCCGGUUGCAUGGGCCUGGGCAUGUCCCGAAGAACAAGAGAAGCGCAAAGCUUGAGAAGGGUGGGAUAAACAAGGUAGUGCUUCAGAGGCAGAACUCUAUGAUCAGUUGCUGCUCAGAAGAUGAUUCUGUUAAUGUUUCUCAUGAAUUGACCCGAAAAACCAGAGCCAGCAGGGGUUCAGCAACUGACCCCCAGAGCUUGUACGCCAGGAAAAGAAGAGAGAGAAUUAAUGAGAAAUUGAAGACCUUGCAGAGUCUCAUCCCUAACGGAACUAAGGUUGACAUUAGUACUAUGCUUGAAGAGGCUGUCCUCUAUGUCAAAUUUUUGCAACUCCAAAUCAAGCUUUUGAGCUCUGAUGAUCUAUGGAUGUAUGCUCCCAUUGCGUACAACGGAAUGGACCUUGGGCUCGAUCUGAGGAUUGGCAUUCCAAAAUGAUGAAGAUUGAGAGCGUUAUCAUAUAGGGCAUGAAGAAACAUUGCAAUUUUGUAAUGGUGCCUAUAAUUAAUACUUACUGCUUUUUAGACCGGUUAUUAUCUUAUCCACGACAACUAACCAUUCUGUUGAUCAAUUAUUCAAAUGUAAUAAGUUCCUUUCUGGAACUCAACCUGCUGAAGAGUUUUACCAAUUUCUCGUUAUGUCGAUUAUUUUGUAUACAACUCUGAACUCUGACAGUUUACAAGAAAUCACUGUAAUUAAUUGAUUUAUAGUUUGUUAUUUUUAAUGA